UCCCGUUCAGCAAGAAGAAUGGCAUGGAGGCAGAUUAUACUGCAACCAUACUCAGCUCCUUUAUAUGCUAGAUUCUUUUCUAAAUCUACCCCAUAUGUCGUAAAGGUGGGAAUACCAGAGUUUUUAAAUGGUGUUGGGCAUGGGGUUGAGUCACAUGUGCCUAAACUUGAAUCAGAGAUUGGCGACUUCCAGAAGCUGCUUGUUACUCGCACACUUAAGCUCAAAAAACUUGGAAUUCCAUGCAAACAUAGGAAGCUGAUAUUGAAGUACACACAUAAGUACAGGCUUGGACUAUGGAGGCCCCGAGCUGAUUUGGUGAAGGCCUGAUGGUUUUAACAAUGGGUUCAUGAGGUGAAUUGAAUGAUUUGGCUGAUCCCUGGACCUCAGUUUGUAUAACUUUUGAGGAUACU